AUGGGAUCAAGUUGCAAAGAUAUUCGAACAAACGUGGCGAUAUGCCUGCAACGGUCGCCAUGCGUCAUGGUCCAGAGAAACACGCCCAAGGACUGUCUCACCAAGCCCGAGCUCGUCAAAGAUAUGCCCGAAGAGUGUGUCUUGCUCAUGAACUCGUUUCUGGCCUGUAGACGAGGCAUGGUGGACAUGACCAAGAGAUUCCGAGGAAACGCCCCGCUAUCGACCGGCCAGUUUGAUGAGAAAUACGAGAAAAUGUCCACCGGCCAUUUCCAGCCCGAUGAGGAGCUCAUCACCUCGGGACCCGCUCCCCAGCAGGAUGAGAAGCAGAAGGAGCUUGCCCGGCUUAGUGGAGGACGAUAG